UUCACUUUUCGUUAUUGCACUAUGCGUGCAGUGCUUUUUUCUUGUCGCUAUCGUCGACGUGACCUACGAAUGCAUUCACGAUCCGGACUUGGAUUGCUUCAGAAAGAAAGAUGAUGUAAAAUUAUCUGACACCCCUAACGACGAUUCGCCCGUCAAUUGUUCAACGAUCUCGAGUCAUGACUUCGUCACUUGCUACCGUCUGACUGCUUUUGAUCCUGAGAGAGCCUUCAUUGGCGCUGCGGCAGGAUACUUGUUGUUCAAAAUGCUCAAUUUUUGCCUUCUUAUCGUUGCGCAUAGCUUGCUUUGGGCUGCAAAAAAAUGGGGGAGUAAAAUGGUUUACAUUAAAUUCGGGCUUGUCAUUGCAUUUACCAUGGCAAUAUGUGUUCCAGCCAUUUUAAGAAUCUAUCUAGACGAGGUGGAGUCAGCAUUUCGAAAGAUGUCAUACACAGUGUUAGUUCAAAUCGGGUCUCUUCUGUGUCUUCUCUACUAUUUUGUAGCUCUUCCUUGGGACGUAUUCGUUAAAAGUGAAGAGUAUUACGGAGAUGCGUCUUCACCUGACAAUGUUGAUGCAAAUGGCAACGAACUAGCCUAA